GUUAGUGGUGAUUACGAAGCGUCUGUUUAUUCAUUACUUCUGUAUCCGUAACAUCAUGGCAUUCAUUUGAUCGUGUCUUGCAUCACCCUGGCCCCAGCUUCUUAGUCAGUCACCUUAGCUUGGUAUAGUCCAUGAUUCGCCAUCUUGAACCUCAAUUCACAUUUCCCCUCUCGAUAUUUUCCAAGGAGUAAACGUCUCUACCCUAAUAAAGAAUGGCGUCCCGUCGCGCUCUCUUCUCGUCGGCCUCGCGCGCAUCCGUUGCCAUGCGACCUGCGCGACCAAUCUUUACAAUUGCAGCACGCUCGAUAAGCCCCUCGCUACCACCCCGAGCUUUUGCGCCCUUUCCAUCUACUAGAAGCUGUGCUACCAACGCGCAAACCAAAACAAAAUCGAUAGAUGACAAUGCGCCACCGGACCCCAAACCAUGGAGCUUUGAAGAUAUAAAGAACCAUGUUGAGAAAUCUGACCCGGGCAAUGUUGUCCUCAUCGACGUCCGAGAACCAGUCGAGCUUUUCGAGACAGGCAAGAUCCCCGGUGCGAUCAACAUUCCUAUCACAUCGGCAGCCCAGAGCUUCCAUAUUUCUGAAGAGGAUUUUGAGGACAUGUACGGCUUCCAGAGACCAGCAAAGAACAAGGAGCUUGUGUUUUAUUGCAAAGCAGGAGUGCGUGCGAGGGCGGCUGCGCAACUGGCUCAUUCUGCUGGCUGGGACAAGAUCGGCGACUAUGCAGGCAGCUGGCUGGAUUGGGAGGCCCAGAAAGGACCAGUUGAGAAGGUUAAGAAACGGUUUUGAACAGACAGAGCUUGCUGAAAGGCAGACAUUUAUUGCCAGAAUGAUUGGUCAAAUGAAAGCGCCUUCUAACUUAUUGUACAAACAAUGACCAAAGAUCUGCUUCCCCAGAGACUCCUUUUGGCUAUACCUUAACUGCAAUUGAGGCCUAGGAAUACACAUUCUCUUUACGCGUCAUUCAUUUCCUUACUUCUAUCUCAUGGUUCUAAUCGAUUUGCCCACCACCUCCUAGAACAUGCGGCUAUCUUUACCGUCGUCCGGUUUGCUGGCCACGGGGCUACCGUGAGCAAAGAAAAGGAUCUUGAUCGCAAGAGCCAGACCCGCGUGUAGCAGUACCACAACGACAAGCAGGACCUUGCUGACCUGGCGAUCUGUGGCGCUGAGCACGGGGUAAAGGUUUCGCAGCAAGAACGCAACCGAGAUUCCGAAACCAACACCGACAAAGACCCAGUUGAGUAUGGAGAUAGGUGACGAGCUGAUAAGGGCAACGGGGACCCAGAUCAGGUUGGAGUAGCCGUACAAAGCCCAACACUCGAGGAGAUUGGCAGAUUCGCUGCCGAAGUAACGGAGGGCGAGGAAGAGAGCCAUAGGAAUGAAGAGAGUAUAGCCAUAGAUGAGGCCAGCGGCGCCUGUUUGUCAUGUUAGUGCGUAACUCCCAGCCAAUAUCACAUGAGACAUACCACUUAGCAGCUUGAAGUCAUAGAGGAAUGGCCCCUUGCCCGUAUCUGACAUAUACUGGCUGAUAGUGCCGCCCAGGAAAAGGAUCA